GCAGACAACCAGAAUAACAACUGUAGAACCAACAACAGCAAGGAGUAGGCCCCGCCAUGGAGCCAUCCACCAGCGCCGAUGCCGCGGCUGCAGCGGCUGGGGGCGGACCGGAUCCAAGGCUAGAGCUGAUGGGGUCGUUUGUCAUCAAGUCACUUAAACUAAAGCCGGAGAAAUGGACGCGUGUCAUCACGGUGGAGGAGCACAAGGGGAUAAUCAAAGAGUUUCUGGACAGGAACACCCCCGUGGUCCUCAUCAUAAUUCUGACGCCAGCGGCACAAUUGGUGCCUUCGACCACUUUCCCGCUGUCGCAGCUGAAAAGUAAGGGAGUGUACUUCAUAAAGCGAUAUGCCGAGCCCAUACCACGAGAGAAUUGUGGCAACUAUAUCAUCUAUGGCGACCUUGCCACCCGCACCAUUGAUCAGCUGUCCGCCCUGGUGGAGGAGGUACUCGUGCCACUUCUUUCCAACGAGGAUAACUACAGGAGCUGGCCCAUUAUGGUGGCCCAGGAUGUGCAGAAGCAUGUGCACAGCCUCAAGAGCACCGUGCACCAGGUGAAGGGGCAGGUGAGCGGCGAAACCAUACUGGCCAUGCCCGUGGGCGUGGAGAAGAUUGUGAAGGCGGCCAAGGAGCUGGUCGAAACGGAGCAGUGCCAGUUCGACUUGUAUCUGAAGAGCGCCAUCGAGGGUGUGGUCAUCAAGUGGGCUACCCAGAUCCACGAGGUCAUCAAGGAGAGUCCCUCGAACGCCUUCGCCAAUGGCCAGAAUCCAACGCCACACACGGAAUUUACAUUUUGGAAUAAUCGUCUAACGAACCUAUCGUUCAUCUACGACCAAUUGCGCAACGAGCGCAUUCGAGCCAUGGCUCUGAUACUCGAGUACUCGAUGAGCGCCUACCAUCCGUGCUUUCAGACCCUCUUCAAGAACGUCGUUACGGCUCUGGCGGAGGCAAAGGACAUAACACUCUAUUUGAAUCCGCUAAAACGUCCGCUACAGCACCUGGAGGAGAUUGAUUUUGCCGAAUGCAAGCCCCUGCUCAUACCAUUCAUGAAUAUCGUGUGCAUUUUGUGGGGCAACUCCCGGUACUAUUGCCAGUCGGGGAAAAUCACGGUCCUUCUGCAGGAGAUAUGCAAUUUGAUUAUAUACCAGGCCAAAAGAUACUUGGAUCCAUCGUCCAUAUUCCACAGCGAUAUCGAUGAGGCCAUGCAACGCCUCACUCUGUCCAUACAGAUAUUAAAGUUCUUUCGGGAACUGUUCGACUACUAUAAGGAACGCCUGGCCACAUUCUUUACGGAGCCCGAGGAGCGGCCACCGAUUUUAUGGACUUUUCAUCCAAAUUCAGUUUUCAAGCGCUUUAAUGCCUUUCUCGAGCGCCUCACAACAAUUCAGUGGUUCUUUUUUACUGUGAUUGAAUUCCUGAAAUUAGAGAAGGUCGAAAUCGGUGGACUGCGAGGCCGACAGCUGAGCACACGCAUCACAGAUGUCUAUGUGGAGUUUAAUCAAUAUUUCACGGCCUUUGCCUCGAAGAGCUAUGAUGUCCUGGAUCCGGACGAUCAUGAGUUCGAUGAAGACUUUAAGGGCUUUCAGACCCGCAUCCUUGAGCUGGACAUGAAACUGGCCGCCAUACUGUGUCAGGCCUUUGACGAUUGCCACAAUCUGGAGAGUAUUUUCAAGCUGAUAAGCAUUGUGGGCAGCGUGCUAGAUCGUCCCAAGAUCAAGGAGGAGUUCACCCAACGAUAUGCCGAAAUCGUGCGCAUGCUCGACGAUGAAAUGACCGUGUGCGAGGCCAUCUAUGACAAGCAAAUGGAACUGAGUCGCGAGGGGGACAAUCUCUAUCCCAACUAUAACUGUCCGCCAGUGUCUGCCUUCAUUCGCUGGUGCCAUCAGCUGGAGACCAGAAUCACGGCCCCAGUCAAGCACUUCAAGGCACUACAGCAUGAAAUCACCAAGACAGAGAAAUCAUUGGAGAUCGUUGAACGUUAUGAGUGUCUUAUGGUUAAGCUGGGAUCCUGCAAGACCAAGUUCUUUGACGACUGGGCCGAACAGUUGGCCGGACAAAUUGAAGAGAAUCUCAAAAAGUCCUUGAUAGCACGCGAUCGGCGCAGCCAUUCGUUGAUCCUGAACUUCAGUUCCGCCCUGUUUUGCAUUCUGCGCGAGGUGCACUACAUGCAGCAGAUGAAAAUCGAAGGCGUGCCCCAAAUAGCCAUAGACUUUGCCGAAAAUAGCGAUGUUUUUCGCUCGUACACACUCAAUCUGGAGAAGACCAUUGACUGGUACAACAGCAUACAGGAGGGCAGCUCUCCCGUAGAGCUUCGACUGAUUGAACCAGAGAUUAAAACGAUUGAUGACCUGGUUACAAUCGGAGUGGAUGAGCUCGUGUGGAAUUCGUCAGAUAUCAUGAGUUAUCUGGAGAAGCUGCGCCAGCCUGUGGCCGCUCUACAGAACCGCAUGGAUCACACGCAGGGUAAUCUUCGACAGAUACGCAAAAUCAUGGGCGUCUGGGCCAAGCAUCCGUUGUUCGAGCGACGGGACUGCAAAAAGGACUCGGUGCUGUCGAUAGACGAGCGACCAGAUCGAACGACCAAGCGCUAUGCCGAGAUCCAGGCGGCCUCUGUGGAGAUCCACAAGCUGCUGCACGACAAUAUGCUGCAGUUCGAUAUGGAGCAGAAGCAGGACGAUGCCGUCUGGUUGAGCUAUGUGGAUUUUGUCGAUAACAUUGUCUAUGAGAACCUUUUGCGCACUGUGGGCGUGAGUGUGGGCUAUCUGGCGGAGAACAUGGAUCCGGACAACAACUAUGCCCCGCUGUUCGAGUCGCGUUUGGAGCUGGUCGAACCGAAUCUGGUGUUUGUGCCCUCCCUGGACCCCGAAGAUCCGAUGGGCUUCAACAAUAUGCUGAUCGAGCUGAUGAGAGACAUUAUGAAAAUGGGAUCGCUCAUCAAGCGGCUCAAGCCCAGCGAGAAGCGCAACUAUGUGGAGGUGAUAAAGGAGAAUCAGGACAUAAUCGAUAUGCGCCGCGAGAUACUCAACGGCGUGGACCUGGUCAUGGAGGAGGCCUCGCGAUUCUGCAGGCAGUUCGAACGAUACUCGUAUUUAUGGCUGGACGAUCGCGAGGAGUGCAUGGAGUACUUCCUGGAAUACGGUCGAAUGCUGGAUCCAGACGAAAUAGAGCUGGUGCUUAUGAACGAUCCCAAUCUGCCGCCCCCACAGCCCUGCCAGCCCACAAUCGAGGCAUUCCGGGAGCAGAUCGACAACUACGAGUCGCUGUUCAAUGAAAUCGAGGACAUUGCCGCGUUCCAGGUGUUUAGCUCCUGGUUUCAGGUCGAUGUUCGACCAUUCCGCCAGGCCCUGCUGAACACCGUCUGCAAGUGGGGCAACAUGUUCAAGGAGCAUCUGGUGACCACAGUCACGUCCAGCCUGAUGAACCUCAGCCACUUUAUACGCAAGGCCGACGAGGGCCUACUGCAGACAGUCAAGGAGAAGGACUACGAGGGCCUGGUCAGCAUAAUGGCAUACCUGAUGCAGGUGAAGGAGCGAGCGGCCAAAACGGACGAGAUGUUCGAGCCGAUGCAGGAGACCAUACAGCUGCUCAAGUACUACGACAUGGAUAUACCCGAGGAGGUGAACGUCCUCCUGCAGGAGCUACCCGAGCAGUGGGCAAACACCAAGAAGAUUGCCACAACCGUGAAGCAGCAAGUGUCGCCGCUGCAGGCCACCGAAGUGGUCAGCAUUCGCAACAAGAUCGCCCUCUUCGAGAUGCACAUACAACUGUUCCGCGAAGUCUUCAAGACCUAUGACUUUUUCCGAUUUGAUUGUUACAAGCCCUAUCUGCUGAUGGACCGCAUCAACGAUGAUAUGUUCCUGUGCGAGAGCGAAAUGCGUGACAUACAGGAGUCGGGGAGUCUGUUCGAGGUCAAUAUACCCGAAUUCAAGGUUCUCAAACAGUGUCGCAAGGAGCUGCGCAUGCUCAAGCAACUUUGGGAUUAUGUGAACAUCGUUGCGACCAGCAUCGACGACUGGAAGACGACUCCUUGGCGCAAGGUCGAUGUGGAGAAUAUGGACAUUGAGUGCAAGAAGUUUGCCAAGGAUAUACGUCUGUUGGAUAAGGAAAUGCGCCCGUGGGACACUUUUAUCAAUCUGGAGUCGACGGUCAAGAAUAUGUUGACCUCACUUCGGGCCGUUGGGGAGCUACAGAAUCCGGCCAUACGUGAACGACACUGGAAUCAGCUCAUGAACUCAACCAAGAGUCUGGCCGCCCUGCCCAAGGAAGUUACCGUCAAGUUCAUCAUGGAUCAUGAGACAACUCUGGCCGAAUUGCUGGGCCUGAAUCUACACGAAUGCGAGGAGGAGGUGAAAAAUAUCGUGGACAAGGCCGUCAAGGAAAUGUCGAUGGAGAAAAUCCUUAGGGAUUUGAACACCACAUGGUCGGCAAUGGAGUUUGACCAUGAGCUGCAUCCGCGCACUGGGUGUAACCUCCUGAAGGCUUCGGAAGAACUCAUAGAGACGCUUGAAGAUAAUCAGGUUUGCCUACAGAAUUUAAUAACAUCCAAGUACAUCGCCCAUUUCCUCGAAGAAGUUUCAACUUGGCAAAACAAACUUAUGAUCGCCGAUCAAGUGAUAACCGUUUGGUUUGAGGUGCAACGCACUUGGACCCAUCUUGAGAGUAUCUUCAUGAGUUCGGAAGACAUACGGAAACAGCUCCCCGUCGAUUCGGUGCGUUUCGAUAAUAUCGAUGCCGAAUUUCGCGUACUCAUGGAUGAGAUGUCCCUCUCAUCGAAUGUGGUGGCAUCGACCAAUCGACCUGGGCUGAUCGAACGCUUGGAGCAUUUGCAAAAGGAGCUUACGCUUUGCGAGAAGGCAUUGGCAGAGUAUUUGGAAACGAAACGUUUGGCUUUUCCUCGUUUCUAUUUUGUAUCUUCGGCCGAUCUGCUGGAUGUCCUCAGCAAUGGCAUUCAGCCGGAAAUGGUCACCAAGCAUCUAACCAAACUCUUCGAUUCGAUUGCCCGCUUAAAGUUCAAUCGUGACCAGGCCAAUGAGAUCGACACAGCUUCGGGCAUGUAUGCCAAGGAUGGCGAGUAUGUCGAGUUCAACGAACUGGCUAGCAUACGCGGACCCGUCGAGGUCUGGCUGAAUCGCAUCCAGGCGGCGAUGCGGGCCAGUCUGCGGCACUAUGUCACAGAAGCUGUGACAGCUUAUGAGGAAAAGCAACGGGAACAAUGGUUGUUCGACUAUCCUGCCCAGGUGUCCCUCUGCGGAUCGCAGAUCUGGUGGUCCACGGAGGUGAACAUCGCCUUCAGCCGCCUUGAGGAGGGCUACGACAACGCCAUCAAGGACUACUACAAGAAACAGAUCUCACAACUCAGUUUACUCAUAACACUUCUGCUGGGCGAGCUUAGCAAGGGCGAUCGUCAGAAAAUCAUGACGAUAUGCACCAUUGAUGUGCAUUCGAGAGAUGUGGUCGCUAAGAUGAUUCAGGCCAAAUUGGAUUCAGGCUCCGCUUUUAUGUGGCAAUCUCAGUUGAGGCAUCGCUUCGACGAUGUGGAGAAGGACUGCUUUGCCAAUAUUUGCGACGCCGAGUUCCAGUAUUGUCACGAAUACUUAGGCAAUACGCCACGCCUGGUCAUAACGCCGCUCACAGAUCGCUGUUACAUCACCCUGACACAAUCCCUCCAUCUAGUGAUGGGCGGGGGCCCGGCUGGCCCCGCCGGUACGGGAAAAACUGAAACAACCAAGGACUUGGGACGCGCCAUCGGCAUCAUGGUCUACGUCUUCAACUGUUCCGAACAAAUGGACUACCAGUCGUGCGGCAACAUUUACAAGGGCCUGGCCCAGACCGGCGCCUGGGGAUGCUUCGACGAAUUCAAUCGCAUCACCGUCGAGGUCCUGUCGGUGGUGGCGGUGCAGGUGAAGUCCGUGCAGGACGCCAUACGCGACAAAAAGAAGAUGUUCAAUUUUAUGGGCGAAAUGAUUAGCCUUGUGCCAACGGUGGGGAUAUUUAUUACCAUGAAUCCUGGCUACGCUGGACGCACAGAGCUGCCGGAGAAUCUGAAGGCACUGUUCCGGCCCUGCGCCAUGGUCGUGCCGGACUUCGAGCUCAUCUGCGAGAUUAUGCUGGUGGCCGAGGGCUUCCAGGAUGCCCGAGUGCUGGCCCGCAAAUUCAUCACACUCUAUACGCUGUGCAAGGAGCUGCUGUCCAAACAGGAUCACUACGAUUGGGGCCUGAGGGCGAUCAAAUCGGUGCUGGUUGUGGCUGGAUCGCUUAAGCGCGGUGAUCCUGGCCGACCGGAGGAGGAGGUACUAAUGCGCGCCUUGCGCGACUUUAAUAUACCGAAAAUAAUCACCGACGACAUGCCGGUGUUCAUGGGGCUCAUCAGCGAUUUAUUUCCCGCCUUGGAUGUGCCACGCAAACGUGAUCAGGACUUUGAGCGCACCGUAAAACAAGCUGCCUCCGACUUGCUACUGCAACCAGAAGAUAAUUUCAUUUUGAAAGUGGUGCAACUGGAGGAACUGUUGGAGGUACGUCACUCUGUGUUCAUCGUUGGCAAUGCGGGCACGGGCAAGACCCAAGUGUGGAAGACGCUGCUGCGCACCUAUCAGAACAUCAAGCGGAAGCCCAUAUUCAAUGACUUGAAUCCGAAAGCGGUGACCAAUGAUGAACUUUUCGGCAUCAUCAACCCGGCGACACGUGAGUGGAAAGACGGUCUGUUCUCGGUGCUAAUGCGGGAUCAGGCAAACAUAACGGGCGAUCAACCAAAGUGGAUUGUUCUCGAUGGCGACAUCGAUCCCAUGUGGAUCGAGAGCUUGAAUACCGUAAUGGACGAUAAUAAAGUAUUGACUUUGGCAAGUAACGAGCGCAUUGCGUUGACUCCUUCGAUGCGUUUGCUCUUUGAGAUCUCCAACCUGAGAACAGCAACACCGGCAACCGUAUCCAGGGCUGGCAUAUUGUACAUUAAUCCCCAGGACUUGGGUUGGAAUCCCUAUGUGACGAGUUGGGUUGAAACGCGUAAAAUUCCAGCCGAAAAGUCCAAUUUGGUCAUGUUAUUCGAUAAGUACAUACCGCCUUCAUUGGAAACGAUACGCGUGCGUUUCAAAAAGAUCACGCCUGUCGCCGAAAUGGCCCACAUACAAAUGCUGUGCCAUCUACUAAACUGUUUUCUAAUACCAGCGAACACCCCGGCCGAUUGCCCAAAAGAAUGGCACGAACUGUACUUUGUUUUUGCCUGUAUUUGGGCGUUCGGUUCGGCCAUGUUCCAGGAUCAAGCCAUUGACUAUCGCGUGGAGUUCAGCAAAUGGUGGGUAAACGAAUUCAAAACUGUUAAGUUCCCCUCAGGUGGAACAGUUUUCGAUUACUUUCUGGAUAGCGAGACGAAGACCUUCCUGCCCUGGACGGAGAAGACACCUAAGUUUGAGCUGGACUCGGAUCUGCCGCUGCAAGCUGUCAUAGUGCACACCUCCGAGUCGAUACGCCUGCGUUACUUCCUAGAUCUCCUGAUGGAUAAGAAGCACCCGGUGAUGCUAGUUGGGAAUGCCGGCUGCGGCAAGACCGUACUGGUUAACGAGAAGCUUCAAUCGCUUUCUGAGAAUUACGCUGUCACUACAAUACCAUUCAAUUUCUAUACCACGUCCGAGAUGUUGCAAAAGAUACUCGAAAAGCCGCUGGAAAAGAAAGCGGGUCGCAACUACGGACCGCCCGGCAACAAGCUACUCUGUUACUUUGUGGACGACAUCAAUAUGCCCGAGGUGGACUGCUAUGGCACCGUUCAGCCGCACACACUGAUGCGGCAGCAUCUCGACUAUGGCCACUGGUACGACCGGAACAAGUUGACCCUGAAGGACAUCCACAACUGUCAGUAUGUGGCCUGCAUGAACCCCACCUCGGGCAGCUUCACCAUCAAUCCGCGUCUCCAGCGACACUUUUGUGUGCUGGCCGUCAGUUUUCCCGGCCCCGAGUCCAUAACGGUCAUGUACUCGGCCAUUCUGGCGCAGCAUUUUGCCAACGCCGAGCAGAAGUUCGUACCAAUUGUCCACCGAAUGACGGCCAAUAUUGUGGCAGCCACAAUAGCGCUGCACAACAAGUGCCUGCAGGUCUUCCUGCCUACGGCCAUCAAGUCGCAUUACAUCUUCAACUUGAGAGACAUCAGCAAUGUUUUUCAGGGAUUGCUGUUUAGUUCCACAGAGUGCUUGACGGGAUCAACAGAUCUUAUACGUUUGUGGCAACACGAGACCCAGCGUGUGUACGCGGAUAAGCUAACUGAUGAUAAGGAUAUCGAUAGCUUUACCAAAAUGCAGCAUGACAUUGUCAAGAAGUCGUUCGAAGAAAUUGACGAAUCCGUUAUAUUCGACAAGCCGAAUAUCUACUGUCAUUUCGCUGGAGGAAUUGGUGAUCCUAAGUACAUGCCCAUCAAGGGCUGGACUGAGCUUCACAAACUCCUUCAGGAAGCAAUGUCAUCGUAUAAUGAUCUAGUCGCUGCCAUGAAUCUGGUGCUAUUCGAGGAUGCGAUGAUGCAUGUUUGCAGAAUAAAUCGCAUAUUAGAAUCACCGCGUGGCAGCGCCUUAUUGGUUGGUGUUGGUGGCAGUGGCAAACAAUCUCUAGCGCGCUUGGCAGCAUUCAUAUCCAGCUUGGAGGUCGUGCAGAUACAGCUUAAGAAGGGCUAUUGCGUCAACGAUUUGAAGAGCGAAUUUUCCGGAUUGUAUUUGAAGGCUGGUUUGAAAAAUGUUGGCACUAUGUUCUUAAUGACGGAUGCCCAAAUCCCCAGCGAGGAUUUUCUUGUCCUUAUCAACGAUAUGUUAGCCACUGGCGAGAUACCAGAUCUAUUUCCGGACGACGAAAUCGAGAACAUAAUAGCUGGCGUGCGAAAUGAGGUCAAAGGUGCGGGACUGGUUGAUACGCGAGAAAACUGCUGGAAAUUCUUCAUCGAUCGUGUGCGCAAACAACUGAAGAUAGUUCUGUGCUUUUCACCAGUGGGUUCAACAUUGCGUGUUCGGUCGAGAAAAUUCCCUGCCAUCAUUAAUGCCACAUCCAUCAAUUGGUUCCACGAAUGGCCUCAGGAGGCACUCAUCUCGGUGGCCAUGAACUUUUUGGCCCAGAACAAGGUUCUGCCCGAGAACCAUCGCGAUUCUGUGGCUAAGUUCAUGGCCCAUGUCCAUACGUCGGUCAACACGACGUCCAAAGUUUAUUUACAGAAUGAGCGCCGCUACAACUACACAACGCCCAAGAGUUAUCUCGAACAGAUUAACCUCUAUAUCAAGCUGCUCAACCACAAGCACGAUGAUCUGCAGAGCAAAAUCGAGCGUCUGGAAAAUGGUCUGGAGAAGCUGCGGUCCACCGCCUUGCAGGUGGCCGAUCUGAAGGUGAAGCUGGCCGUCCAGGAGGUCGAGCUAAAGGAGAAGAACGAUGCGGCCGAUGCUUUGAUCGAAAUUGUGGGCAUUGAAACGGAGAAAGUGCAAACGGAGAAAGCCGUGGCCGACGAGGAGGAAAUGAAGGUCGCUUUGAUAGCCGACGAAGUCAGCAAAAAGCAGCGCGACUGCGAAGAGGAUCUCCUCAAAGCAGAGCCCGCUCUGAUGGCCGCCCAGGAUGCCCUCAACACCCUCAACAAAGCCAAUCUCACAGAGCUAAAGAGCUUCGGCUCCCCGCCGGGAGUCGUGACAAAUGUGACCGCCGCCGUUAUGGUUCUGCUCGCCCCUGGUGGCAAGAUACCCAAAGACCGCUCCUGGAAGGCAGCCAAAAUAGCAAUGGCAAAGGUGGACGCGUUCCUGGAUGCACUGAUCAACUAUGACAAGGAGAAUAUACACCCAGAAAUCAUCAAGGCCAUUCAGCCGUAUCUCAAGGAUCCCGAAUUCGAACCUGAGUUUGUGCGCUCCAAGUCGGGAGCAGCGGCCGGCCUGUGCGCCUGGGUCAUCAAUAUAAUCAAAUUCUACGAGGUCUACUGCGAUGUGGAGCCCAAACGGAAGGCCCUGGCAGCGGCCAAUGCAGAACUGGCCGCGGCCCAGGAUAAGCUAGCGGGUAUCAAACGGAAAGUGAUGGGUCUCGAGGAGCAGCUGGCCAAGCUAACGGCCGACUUUGAGAAGGCCACGGCGGAUAAAUUGCGUUGCCAACAGGAGGCGGAUGCCACGCAAGCAACCAUCGCCCUGGCCAAUCGACUGGUGGGCGGUCUGGCCAGUGAGAACGUGCGGUGGGCAGAGGCUGUCAACAACUUCGUGAAGCAGGGCAUUACCUUACCCGGCGAUAUCCUACUCAUUACCGCCUUCAUUUCCUAUGUCGGUUGUUUCACGAAAGGAUUUCGCAUCGAUCUACUGCUUAAGAUGUGGACACCCUUUCUCAAGAGCAUUGAUCCACCCAUACCCACAACCGAGAAUCUCGAUCCCCUAUCGCUGCUCACCGACGACACAACCGUUGCCGUUUGGACCAAUGAGGGACUGCCCAGUGAUCGCAUGUCGAUCGAGAAUGCCACGAUUCUGUCCAAUUCGGAUCGUUGGCCUCUGAUGAUCGAUCCCCAGCUGCAGGGCGUCAAAUGGAUAAAGCAAAAGUAUGGCGAGGAACUAAAGGUUAUACGGUUGGGUCAGCGCAGCUAUUUGGAAAACAUCGAGAAGUCCAUUAAUGCAGGCUGCACUGUGCUGAUUGAGAAUAUUGAUGAGAACUUGGACCCAGUGCUCGAUUCUUUGUUGGGUCGAAAUUUGAUCAAGAAGGGAAAAGCCCUCAAAAUCGGGGACAAAGAGGUCGAAUACAACUCCAAUUUCCGUUUGAUUCUGCACACAAAACUAGCUAAUCCGCACUACAAGCCAGAGAUGCAAGCACAAACUACACUCAUUAACUUUACCGUUACACGCGAUGGCCUCGAAGAUCAACUGCUGGCGGAAGUGGUGAAGGCCGAGCGUCCCGACCUGGAGGAACUGAAGGCGGAGUUGACCAAACAACAGAAUGACUUUAAAAUCAUGCUGAAGAAACUGGAGGAUGAUCUGCUGUCACGCCUUUCGUCGGCGGGUGAGAAUAUUUUAGGUGACACUGCGUUGGUGGAGAACCUAGAGACCACCAAGAGCACGGCAUCAGAGAUUGAGGUGAAGGUGGCGGAGGCCAAGAUAACAUCGAAGAAAAUCGACAAGGCCCGUGAAUACUACAGACCAGCGGCGGCCAGGGCCAGUCUGCUCUACUUUAUACUGAACGAACUAAACACGAUCAAUCCGAUCUAUCAGUUCUCACUGAAGGCUUUUAGCGUAGUGUUCCAAAAGGCCAUAGCCAAGGCUGAUCCGGGCGAAACUUUGGAUUUGCGCGUUUCCAAUCUGAUCGAUUGCAUUACGUAUUCGGUCUUUCAGUAUACUUCGCGUGGUCUUUUCGAAUGCGACAAGCUGAUCUUUGCCUCGCAAAUGACAUUUCAGAUUCUACUUAUGAACGAGGAGUUGACAUCCGCGGAACUGGACUUCCUACUCCGCUUCCCGAUCAAGCCACAUGUGACAAGUCCUGUGGACUUCUUAUCAAACCAAUCGUGGGGCGGAAUUUGCAGUCUAGCGUCCAAGGAUGAGUUCCGGAACUUGGAUCGUGACAUCGAAACGUCUUCAAAGCGUUGGAAGAAACUUGUGGAAUCGGAGCUGCCGGAGAAGGAGAAAUUCCCACAGGAAUGGAAAAACAAAACUGCUUUGCAGAGGCUCUGCAUGAUCAGAGCCUUGAGGCCCGAUCGCAUGACCUAUGCUUUAGCUGACUUCAUUGAGGAGAAAUUGGGUUCCAAAUAUGUGGAGAGUCGUGCCAUGGAGUUUGCCAAAUCCUACGAGGAGGCCAGUCCAUCCACACCAAUCUUCUUUAUACUCUCGCCAGGAGUUAAUCCUCUGAAGGAUGUGGAGGCUUUGGGCAAAACACUGGGCUUUUCAAUGGAUCUGGGUAAUUUCCAUAAUGUAUCAUUGGGACAGGGUCAAGAAGCCAUUGCAGAGGCGGCCAUGGAUACAGCAGCGAAGAAUGGCCACUGGGUGGUGUUGCAGAAUAUUCAUUUGGUGAGGAAAUGGUUGCCCGUCCUUGAGAAGAAACUGGAGUACUAUGCCGAAGACUCGCACCCAGACUACCGCAUGUUCCUGAGCGCAGAGCCAGCAUCCACUCCUUCAGCUCACAUUAUACCACAGGGUAUAUUGGAAUCAUCGAUCAAGAUCACCAAUGAGCCACCGACUGGCAUGCUGGCGAAUCUCCACAAGGCUCUGGACAACUUCACCCAGGAAACCCUGGAGAUGUCGGGCAAGGAAGCCGAGUUCAAGGCCAUUUUAUUCUCCCUCUGCUACUUCCAUGCCGUGGUGGCAGAGAGGCGCAAAUUUGGCCCACAAGGCUGGAACAAGAUCUAUCCCUUCAACGUGGGUGACCUGAAUAUCAGUGUGUCGGUGCUGUACAACUAUCUGGAGGCCAAUGCCAAGGUGCCGUGGGAAGAUCUGCGCUAUCUGUUCGGGGAGAUCAUGUAUGGCGGUCACAUAACCGACGACUGGGACAGGCGGCUGUGCAUCACCUAUCUGGAGGAGUAUAUGCAGCCGGAUCUGGUGGAUGGUGAGCUGUUUCUGGCGCCAUCCUUUCCCGCACCGCCCAACACUGACUACCAGGGCUAUCACAGCUAUAUAGAUGAUAUGAUGCCGGCGGAGUCGCCGUAUCUGUAUGGCCUGCAUCCCAAUGCGGAGAUCGGGUUCCUAACCACGCGAGCGGAGAACAUUUUCCGCACUGUUUUCGAGAUGCAGCCACGCGACGCAGGUGCCGGGGGCGGGACAACGGUGACGCGCGAGGACAAGGUCAAGCAGAUUGUCGAUGAGAUUAUUGAGAAGCUGCCGGAGGAAUUCAACAUGAUCGAGAUCAUGAACAAGGUGGAGGAGCGUACGCCGUAUGUGAUAGUGGCCUUUCAGGAGUGCGAGCGCAUGAAUUUCCUGACCAGCGAGAUGAAGCGCAGCCUGAAGGAAUUGGACUUGGGCUUAAAGGGUGAAUUGACCAUUACAUCGGACAUGGAGGUGCUGGAGAAUUCACUGUUUUUGGAUCAAGUGCCGCCCAUUUGGACGCAACGUGCGUAUCCUUCGCUCUUGGGUCUCAACAAUUGGUUCAUCGACUUGUGCUUGCGUCUGCGAGAGCUGGAGACCUGGUCCACCGACUUUGUGCUUCCCUCUUGCGUCUGGCUGGCUGGGUUCUUCAAUCCGCAGUCUCUACUCACAGCCAUCAUGCAGAGCACAGCGCGACGCAACGACUUGCCGCUGGACAAGAUGUGCCUGCAGUGUGACGUGACCAAGAGGCAGAAGGAGGAAUUUACAACGGCACCGCGCGAUGGUUGCUGCGUGCACGGGAUUUUCAUGGAGGGCGCUCGAUGGGAUAUACAGCAGGGCAUCAUAAUGGAGUCGCGGCUCAAAGAACUCUAUCCGUCAAUGCCAGUGAUCAAUAUUCGGGCCAUUACCCAAGACAAGCAAGACCUGAGGAAUAUGUACGAGUGCCCCGUCUACAAGACCCGCACUCGUGGCCCCACCACCUACGUAUCGAAUUUGAAUCUGAAAACCAAAGACAAGCCUGGCAAAUGGAUUCUGGCCGGUGUGGCCCUACUUCUGCAGACCUAAAUCGGAAACUAAUUAGCUUUCUUCCUGUAUUCCUAACCUAUUUAGUAGAAUUUUAUAGCUGAAAUUUGGAAUAAUUCACAAUUUAGAAGGACAUCUCUGUAGUACAAUAAUAGACCUAAGAUUCGUAGACUUACAUACAAAUGUUUCUAGUAGAAUUCAGACUUAACUUUCGAUUGAACUUCUUUGUAGUGCACUUUUUGAAAUAAACCACUUCCUAAGUAGUCUUGCCUUAGGCGCACUAGCAUAAAAACCGAACAGAAAA